GAUCCGUCCCUUGACUAGAUUCGUCCCUAGAUGGAUAGAGGGGAUGCACCUGGAUGGCUUCAUGUUUUCAAACUGUUAGCCACAGUUUGCGUUCUGGGCUUGAUUGUCAAAGAUUCGUGCAUCACCUGGUAUCAAAGUCAGCAAUCGAGAUUUUGUGAUGCAAUGCAAGACACACAACCUUUGGACAUUCGAAUCGCUAGAGGAUCGAUGGUCGUACGUGAUGUACGGACAGAUGGCGCGGCGCACGCAACAUUGCCAGCCAGAUUAUUUUAAAUCCCGAGAGUUGCCCGCACCAAAGGGAUAGUCAACAGCUCAAACUGUCAAGAUGCAGCGUCGCUGCUCCAACUUCCAUGGGGCAGUCACAAAGUCAGAAGCAGGCAAGUCAGCUCUUGAGGUUCUCAUUGCCUUCUCAUUAUAUAGCUGCGCCCCAGCUCUUCUCGGCUGCAGCCUUGCAAGGGUCCCGUCCCUGCAUGCGGGCGCAGCAAGUUCGUCAGGCUCCGACGGCAUGGCGGGACCAGCGCACCACCGCAUCGUCGUCAUGGUGGUCGGCCUCGUGCUGAUGGUCGUCGUCCACCUCGCCGCGGUCAUCUGGGCGCUCUUCCGCGCGCGCCCCUCCCGCCGCGUCGCGGGGCACGCGGGGGAAGAAGGCGGCGGGGCCGGCCUUUCGGCCGAGGAGAUCGGCGAGCUGCCGUGGCACGAGGUCAAGGAGGGAGGCGCCGGCGGCGAGUGCGCGGUGUGCCUGGAGGCGUUCCGCGCGGGCGACCGGUGCCGGGUGCUGCCGAGGUGCGGGCACGGGUUCCACGCGGGGUGCGUGGACUCGUGGCUGCGCAAGAGCCGCCGGUGCCCCGUCUGCCGCGCCGAUGUGGUCGCGGAGCGCAAGGACGGCGGCGCCGGCGCGGUGGCCGCGGCCGCCGACACCGUGGAGAUUGUUACUGAAAGAUAGUGGUAGCAUGCGAUAUGUGGAGAUAUUCAUGUGGUAGUUGGGUCUGCCAUGCGCCGUUCCGUGUAUGAAUGCUGUCGCUUCUGCAUGUUUUCCAAAUUCCAACUACACUAGUACUGUAG